CACUUCGGGUUAAGGAGGCCUUUUUCUGCUAUUCUGAUGAACCCUAGAGGAAGGGAGCAAGGUUGGCCGGAGGCCUGGCCGAGGGCGGGAUGAAGACCACGCAGACUCAGCUCCUCCGCUGUAGGAGGAAGUCGCCAGUGCCGGCGUCUGGUCACCAUGGUGAUGGGACCAACUUCCGCCCCACCCACCUGCCCCUCACCCCGCGAAGCGCACCAUGGCAACCAGAUCUCUGCGUCGCGGAAGCUGGUUUCGCAGGUCGCCGCGGUGGGGAAACCUCGGCGGACACCGCCCCCAUCCUGAGGGGACUCGAAAAUGUACAGCCAGCGAUUUGGCAUCGUACAGCGCGAGGUUAAGGGCCCCACUCCUAAAGUGGUGAUCGUGAGAGCCAAGCCUCCCAAAGGCCAAGGGGCUGAGCAACGUCUGGAAAGACUCCAACGUACCCAUCAGAAACAUCAUGCUUUUUUGGCUUCUAUUAAGUCAAAGGAGCGGGAUCGCUUGAAAGUUGAGUGGGAACAGCACAAUGACCGCAAGUUUGUGGACAGUCUUGUGAAAGCAAGAAUGAAGGAUGCCAUGCAAGGCUUUAUCAUCAACACAGAAGAAAGACGAAACAAGCUCCGUGAACUUUUAGCAUCAGAAGAAAAUGAGUAUUUUACUGAAAUGCAAUUGAAAGAAGAAACAAUGGAGGAGAAAAAAGAUAAAAUGAGGGAUAAAACCAGAUUAUUAAAAGAUAAGAAAGAAAAAGAGAGACAGGAUUUUGUGGCUGAAAAGCUAGACCAGCAAUUCAGGGAACGCUGUGAGGAGCUCCGUGUUGAGUUGUCUUGUAUCCAUGAGAAGAAGGUGUGCGAGGAGCGGAAAGCACAGGUUGCAUUUAAUGAGGAGCUGAAAAGGCAAAAACUGGUGGAAGAACAGAUGUUCUCAAAGCUCUGGGAGGAAGACCGAUUAGCCAAGGAAAAGCGAGAAGCCGAAGAGGCAAGGAGACAGAAAGAGCUGGUGGAGAACACGCGCCUGGGGCUGAAUGCCCAGAUCACCAGCAUCAAGGCGCAAAGGCAGGCAGAGCAACGACUGAAGGAAGAAGAGGCGCGCCUUGUGGAAAAGGACAAAGCACAGGUGAAACUUGAGAAUGAACAGGAUAAGCUAAAGACACAGAAGACAAAAAGGGAAAUUAAGACUGCUUUGCAAAAAGCCCUCCAAGAGAAGAUAGAGAAAAUUCAGCAGGGUUACAGAGAAGAGCAGGACUUGGACAUGAAGCUUGUGCAAAUGGCCCUUCAAGACUUACAGGAAGAGGCUGAUAAAAAGAAGCAAAAAAGAGAAGAGAUGGUAAGAGAACAGAAGAUAUAUCGUCAAUAUCUGGCACAGCGGCGUGAGGAAGACAAAGCUCAGGAGAAAGAAUUGGACAGAAUAUUGGAGGAAGAGGAGAAGAAGAAGUUGGCUGAGAAGGACAAGGAGCUAAGACUUGAAAAGGAGGCAAGGAAACAACUUGUGAAUGAGGUCAUGUGUACAAGAAAGCUUCAAGUUCAAGAAAAGUUGCAACGCAAAGCAAAAGAACAGGAGGAACGUGCUAUGGAACAGGAACGCAUAAAUGAAGGUCUUAAAGAGCUUAACCGUGAAGAGAAGGAGAAUUUUGCAAGACGCUCCAGUUUAGUCCAGGAGUACAGGAGGCAACUUCAGAUGCAGAUGUCCUACCAGCAGCAGGCCCGGGAAGCAGAGAAGGAAGAGGAACGCCGAGAGUUUGAAGCAGGGGUGGCAGCAAACAAGCUUUGCCAGGACAAGAUCCAGGAGGUCCUGUCUGUCCACCACGUGCUGCCCCGAAACAUUCAUCCCAUGCGGAGGGGGUGCCCGAAUAAGCUGCCACCAUAGUUUCAUGAGCAUCAAUAUUGAUUUUCUCAGUCUUUUAAUAUUUUUAACUACAGUAUGCUUGUAUGUUCCUUUUAACUCAUGGAUAACUUUUUUCCUCAGAGUUUGCAUAAUUAUACAUAAUUUUCUUCCUUCAAAUUAAACUUUGUUCCUUUUUUAGAUUUUA